GGUCGUGAUUUUUUCCCAUCCAGCUGACUUCACACCCGUCUGCACAACGGAGUUAGGCCGCAUGGCCGUCCACCAGCCACACUUCGUCAAGCGCAACACCAAAUUGCUCGCCCUGAGCGUCGACGACUUGCAGAGCCACAAGGACUGGGUCAAUGACAUCAAGUCUUACUGCCAGGACAUCCCCGGAAAAUUCCCAUACCCAAUCAUUUCCGAUCCGAAACGCGAGUUGGCGGUUGCCUUGGACAUGAUCGACGAAGAGCACAAGGACGACCCCGCUCAUGCCAUGACCGUCAGGUCUUUGUACGUGAUCGAUCCGAACCACAAAUUGAGAUUGGCCAUGGUUUACCCAUUCAGCACAGGACGUAAUGUCGACGAAGUAUUACGUGUGAUCGACUCUAUGCAAUUGACUGAUCGUCUGAAAGUAGUCGCCACGCCUGCCAACUGGGUUCCCGGUGAAAAAGUAAUGAUCCUGCCAUCCGUUCAGAAUGAGGAAGCAGCCAAAUUGUUCCCCAAAGGUGUUGACACUGUUUCUAUGCCUUCAGGUAAGGUUUAUGUACGCACAACGACUGAUUAUUAAAAAAAAACUAUAUUG